AUGGCUCAGCAAUAUCUCAAACUAGAAUUGGGUUUAGGUCAACCUGAUCCAUGGAACGUAAGGAAGACAUUGACGGAUUUCGAUGUCAGCAAUAUGGCUCGGGUUAUCAUACCGAAAAUCGAGCUGGAAGCGGAAAUGGGGGAUGAUCUUAUCAUAGGCAUGGACGUGAGCGUGGAGGAUGUAAACCGUGAGCAUCCUUACUCGGUAACGAUAAAAAGAGGAGGAAACGAUAGCUACUACUUGGGAAACGGUUGGACCGUCAUCAAAAAUGCAAAAGGUCUCAACAAGGAUGAUGUGAUUGGGCUUAGCUGGGAUAAAUGGAAUCGAAAAUUGGAUUUCAAACUACUUCGUUGA